GAGACGCAGCAGAGAGCAUCAAGGCGACUUCAUCUUGGGGAAAAAAACAUUAAUAAAACAGCUUCAGACACAGGGACACGCUGGUAGGGGGAAAGAUCGGAGGAGUUAUUCCUUUUCUCCACGGACAUAAAAUGAAAGGGUUACCUGGCUGUGUAUUGGAUUUGGAGUCUUGCGCUACACCGCUGCGACUUUGACACCAGAGUUGCGCAGGCAGAGUCUCUAGGAGUUGUCUGUUGGUGGAAUUUCAGGCUCCCCGGAUCAAACUUGGGUCGGACAUCCAGGAACCAGUCGGGGAGUAAGCUAAACUACCUACCUACUGCUCUCACUGGAACAGAAGACACUAAAGCACCACUGCCACCAUGGCUGAGGAACAGUGCUACUACAACGAGACCAUCGCCUUCUUCUACAACGGCAGCGGCAAGUACCUUGCUACUGACUGGAACACUGUCAGCAGGCUGGUGAUGGGCCUGGGCAUCACCGUGUGCAUCUUCAUCAUGCUCGCCAACCUCCUGGUGAUGAUCGCCAUCUACGUCAACAGGAGGUUUCACUUCCCCAUCUACUACCUGAUGGCCAACCUGGCAGCUGCUGACUUCUUUGCUGGACUGGCCUACUUCUACUUGAUGUUCAACACGGGGCCGAACACGAGGCGCCUGACCGUUUCCACGUGGCUGCUCCGCCAAGGCCUGAUCGACACCAGCCUGACGGCGUCCGUGGCCAACCUGCUCGCCAUCGCCAUCGAGCGCCACAUCACCGUGUUCCGCAUGCAGCUACACACGCGCAUGAGUAACCGGCGUGUGGUGGUGGUGAUUGUCAUAAUCUGGACCAUGUCCAUAGUCAUGGGGGCCAUCCCCAGUGUGGGCUGGAACUGCAUCUGUAGCAUUAAGACCUGCUCCAACAUGGCGCCACUUUACAGCAACUCCUACCUGGUCUUCUGGGCAGUGUUUAACCUAGUGACUUUUGUUGUCAUGGUGACGCUAUAUGCCCACAUCUUUGUGUACGUGCGCCAGAGGACCAUGAGGAUGUCCCGGCACAGCUCGGGACCACGACGCAACCGAGAUACAAUGAUGUCGCUGCUGAAAACCGUGGUGAUUGUGUUGGGUGCGUUCAUCAUCUGCUGGACCCCCGGCCUGGUCAUCCUCCUUCUCGACGUCUUCUGUGCCAGCUGCAACGUCCUCACCUACGAGAAGUUCUUCCUGCUUCUCGCCGAGUUCAACUCGGCCAUGAACCCCAUCAUCUACUCCUACCGUGACAAGGAGAUGAGCGCCACCUUCAGGCAGAUCCUCUGCUGUCAGCGGCAGGAGAACGUCAACGGGACGGCGGCGGAGGGUUCCGACCGGUCGGCGUCAUCCAUCAACCACACGGUGCUGAGCGGCGGCAUGCACCAUCACCACCACCACAACGAACACUCGGUGGUAUAAAGAAGGGCCGGAGAUCGCGGAGAUUAAUCCAACUGAUUGAAGGGGUUAAUCUCUUUUAGAGAGACUGACUGAAAGAAGGUAAGCGGCAGUGAGGGAAGGCGAAGAAGGACUGCUAAAGUGACAUGAACUUAAGACAGUAACAUGAUAAAUGUGAAGGUGAAUGAAGUGGAGAGGUGGAUGAGAUCACAGUGAAGAAGAUGAUGGCAACUAUGAAGAAAGAUGACAAGACCUUACCGCUGCGUGGAGGAAGAACAGGGGAAACGGCUGAUUUACAAGGACUCUUAAUAGGCUGUUAGUUUUUUUGUUUAGCUGUUUAUUAUUUUCAAUUUGUUUUAAAUGUGUUGUUAUGGACAACGCUGUUAUGAACUAUUUAAAAGUAAUCUGUGAAAUGAAGGUAAUGCCAGUAUAACCCAUCCUCUCUCUCCAGUCUUCUCUAACUUCUUCCUUAUGAUCCCAGUUCUUAAGAAAGGUCUCAUAGCAUCAUACAUACAUGUCACAUAUGGACUCAUUCAGAAUAGCUGCAGCAUGUUGGGUCUGAACCCAGGUUUAGGACUAUUCUUUCGUUUCCCGUUACAUUUGGGAUGGAAGACUUCGGAUCUGGGGAAGUUCAAAGCGGCACGUGUAAUUCUGUGCUCAUAACGUGUAACUGAACGUCGAUGCAUGUUGUCUCCAGCAGCUUUCACUUUGAGAUGACCUUGUGGAGACUCGAGGCUGAUCUCUCUUGAUAGUCUUUGGAUCUGUUUCCAGGGUUUUGACUUUUUCAAACCCAUGAUUCAAAGUGGAACAUUUAUGGGACAUCCUGCUAAUGCUUAUAAAAUAAAUAACUCCAUAAAUACAGACCUGUUGGACAUGUUUAGUGACUUACAAAAAAAUACCCAUUAUUGUCUAAGUAACCAGAGCCACUAUUCAUUUCUGCAGCAGAUCCAUCAUUCGUCUUUUAAUGGCCUUACUGCAUAAAUACUUUGGGGACUUAUUAUUCUACCGAUCCUCUUCUCCUACUACAACAACAAAAAAAAAAGCUUUUGUGAAUGCAUCUCAAAAGUUUCUUCCUUUCGUCCAACUUGAAUGCACAAAGGGUCCAGGAUCAGCAGAAAGCCUGAGUUGUUUCCCUCCAAGGAAUUAGAGACAAGUUGUUCCUGGGAUCUCACCAGAAAGGAGGAGGAGGAUGUUUGCAGCUCCAGGGCAGGCUCGGUGCCGCAGCGUUCUGUGGAGGCAAGGUGAAGGUCAUAUCUGGGGAGCGUUAACACCCUUCAGAUCAUGUCAUGAAAUGUGCUGAGUGGUCACGGAUUUAUCAAACGUCUCUGCGGCCACGAGGCUGGCUGAGGACGAGAGGUGGAAGUGUGAAAGCGUAGUGUUUAUGUUAAAUUGCCCUCUGGUGGCGUGAGUGGGAUCUCUGAAACGGAAAAUGACUGUAAUUUAUAUCGAAUUAGAAUCCUGAAAAUCAGAUAAUACUAUAUCCUCAUAACAGUGCGAGGUGGGCCAUUCCAUCUCCAGGAUGUUAAUGAAUGUCUGCCUGAAUUUGUGGUUUGCAAACUGCAUUUUCACAGAAAAAUUAUACAGUAGCUGAUAUAAACAGUUUUGACUGCAAACACUGACCUGCUCUGUUUACCACCGAAAUGAUUACACUGAUGUGGGGGCGCUGAAGUAUGUCACCAGAUAAAGAAACACAGUGGGCGGAGCCAAAGAAAAGGCUGGAGUGACUUUGUAAUGAAGCUAACUAACAAGACGAUGCUAACAUGCACUCUUGCAGGCGUUUGGUCAUAAAACAAAGCGCUGGACCAAAUUUAAGUCUCGACCCGAUGAUGGUGUUACAUUAAGAGUCGAAUGGUCAGAGAGUUGUAUUUCAGUUUGGACUCAGCUCCUCUUCAGCUCGGAAAAAAUCCCCUCAAAAAUCUUACACUCCAAUGUGUGUCUUUAUGCCAGCAACUGGGGAAAUGUGGUUAAUUACUUUGCUGUGAGGGACUCAUGAACUUCACUCCCACAGUACCACAGUCUGAUAACUCCGCAUGAUUUUACAAACGCCCCCAAGAAAAUAACAAAAAUAUCUUUCCUCCUAACCAGAAGAAGCUGAAUGGCGUGUACACAUUUUUGCCCUGACAGUGUUUCUGGCGAUAUGAAGUAAUACAGAUGUCUAAAAUAUGUUAUGUUGUGUUUAUCUCACCUUAUGAGAUGGUUGGGGUUAUGAUGAUAAUUCAAAUGUCCCCUUCCCCGUCGCGGUCUCUCCCAAUGGUCUCCCGUGGACUGCUUACAUUUCAUUCUGAGACUCAUCAUUGAGGAGCAGCAGCAUUGGAUUAUGUGGUAUAGCCUUCCCUAUCAGUUUGGACAAAAAUCUGGAUACACGACCCCAGAAGCUGGCACAUGUUACAGUUUGGAUUCUGGACUUGUCUCAUGCCAAACCUGGUGACAGGCAUAAAGUGGGGUUGUGAUCAUGCUGAUGGUUACCAGCUUUAUGGAAUGUUUACCAUAUAAUAACAUGAUGUUUGUUAGAUGAUGAUGUUUUACAGCUUACACUCACGAUAACACUCAGCGCUCUAGUUGCCUUCAUCAGAGGUGAGGCAGAGUUUAGCCAAUGCCGUGUUGAGCGGUGUUAUAUUAUUUCCACAAGUGCACUUCCUGACUUCUGCUAUUAACGUCCGAGCCAGCUGAGAGUCAGCCUUGCGAUGCUAUGACGUGCGUUGUUCAAAAGUCGCCAGCUGAACCUUUUGUCCUGACUCGAAUCGCAGCACUUUUUGGCCAACGUACACAGACAAAGCUCCUAACAGCUGACAGAAAAGUGAGAUUCACGGCCAAAAACACGACCAAAUGUUUUCCAGGAAGCAAGAUGUUUGUCAGGGAUUGAAGCUGCGGGGCUAAAAUGAAGUCAGCUGGUAUUUUCCAAUGUUGGAAUUGCCCAAAAUGUUGUUCUGUUUAUGAGGAAGCGUGAGUGCUUUUAUGCAGAGAGGGAUUACAGAGUUUGGACUUCUAAACUGUCUUUCCCCAUCUAAAUUUUCCAUGUUGUGUUUGGCCUUUUAAUCUUCUGGUUGUGCCUUUACAAGGAAAAAAAAAACACUUGAGAAACUCUAAGACAACAGCCUUACACAUUUUUUUUUCUUUGAUGAAUUAACUUAAAUCCUCAAGUUUUGCCUUGGAGUUUGUCCAACUUUGACUACUGUUAGCAGCAGCAGCAGCAGCAGUACAGCUCAUCGCUCCAGUGACCAAACCUGGACCCAACCCUCCACACCUGACAUUCACUGUAACCAUUUUUCUAAGAAAUUAUUGAUUCAGGUUAUAUAGCAAACCAACUAAACUUCUGUCUUUGUAUGUCUUUGUUUACCCGUGUGUGGCUCUUUGUACACCAUUGUAAGUAUAUGUGUACAGUAUGUAUGUAUAUAAAAUAUAUAAUUCAAAGUUAAUCACCAAAGGGAACGUGUUUUUGUGUUUGUAAAUUUAACUGUGUUAUACUCUGUCCAAAUGUACUGUAGGAUUGCGUUUAUGGUUUUUAUGUCAUGAGCUCUUUUGUAUUGUGAUCCUAAUUCAUGAGUUUCCUGUAGACACUAUUACAGUUAUUAACUUGUUUGUGACCCACAACUAGAUAUGUAUGUGUGCAGUGCCUUCCAGUCCUCCUCCUUAAAGGGGAAAUUACCACCAGGCUGAAAAGCAGUGUUUUGCUGCCCUCUCUGGUUCACAGCUGAAAGCCCGUUGCGCCUCCGACCGCACCACCACUGAUGCUGGGCGCGGCUGCUCGGCGCCCAACAGUGCCGUCACAGUGACCUGUGCAUGGCUGCAGCAAGUCGAGGUGUAAUGACGAGGUGUCGGCAAAAAACAAGCUUUUCAGGCGGUGUUAACCUGCUCUUUAAGUGUGUGUGUGUUGCUAAUAUUUGCAAUUGUCUCGAACGAAGAUGUCAAUGUUAAAGCAAUAUUUCACUUUAGUAGAAAGUAUUAAAUAAUGAAGAUUUACAACACAGCCUCAAAAAAUGUUAGUAGAAACUCAUAAAAAGGGAUUAUACGAUAUGAUUUGGCCAAAAUCUAAAUUUUUGUUGCACAUUAUCAACAAUCCAACUUUUGUUUUUGGUCAAAACAAGUUAAAAUCAUCUGAUUGUGGUGACACUAAUAAUUCUUUAGGGCAACACACAAAGGCAGCAUUUGACUCAUGUCAGAACACCAAUUAGUGCUAUGUAAGUCCAAGCUCCAGCAGUGUACACCUGUCAACCCACCAUCAUGCAUGACAGGAUAUGUCCUUUUUCCCAGUGUUAAUGUGCACGAACCUUCCCAAAAAGCAACAGUCUUAUCAGGUUAACUCCCCAGAUUAGCCCAUCCCAGCUGCUGUACCCUGACUCCUGCUUAUUUUGUCUGCUCAGUGUUCGCUAGUGUCAGCUGACGUUACAUGACACAGCCAGUGUGUGUUGCACUUUAGAAAUGUUAUUUCAAUACUGAAAAUCUUCCAUCCCAGAGUGCACGCGUAGAAUGAUAACAACAUGUAUUGUACAUUAUUGGGCGCAGGCUUACUAAACUGUAGGUCAGAAACAUUUUGUUCCUCCAAAAGUGAAACAUUGCUUUAAGAUGUUUUCGGACGUUUUUGCCAAGCCUCGGAUUUAACAAACCAUGUACCAGUAGUGUGUAGAAAGGAAUUGUGAUACAGACAUAAAGGUGAUUUCCAUACUAUCUAUACUGUACGGGCCAAUAUCAAUGAAUGUCCACCCAGAGUCAUAGUGUUGAUAUCCC